AUGGCGGCGAAAGACAUCAAGCACGAAGAGUCGUCCAACGUGGAACGUGACUUUGGCGUGGGCUCGACAUAUGUACCAGACUUGAACGACAAGGCUCUGGAACGGCGCAUCGUGCGGAAGAUCGACACACGGAUUCUGCCAUUCAUCUGCAUCAGUUAUUUGAUAAAUUUCCUUGAUCGCGUCAACCUUGGUAACGCGCGCACGCUAAACAAUGACCUUCCUGGCAGCAACAUUGUCAAACAACUGGAUCUUACAGGCAACCGUUACAACAUCGCUGUUGCAGUCUUCUUCGUUCCUUAUGUCGUCUUCGAGGCGCCAAGCAACUUCGCGAUGAAAUACUUCUCGCCAUCAAUCUGGAUUGGCCGCAUCAUGAUCAGCUGGGGCAUCAUUACCAUCUGUACAUCCGCCGUCUCGACCUUUGGGGGCCUUUUGGCUGUCCGCUUCUUCUUGGGUGUCGCUGAAGCUGGCUUCUUCCCCGGCGUUGUCAUGUAUCUCUGCUAUUGGUACAAACCAUCUGAGCGUGCGACCCGUCUGGCCAUCUUCGCAGGCUCUGUCGCGGUCGCUGGAGCCUUUAGUGGUCUCCUCGCUACUGGUAUCUCCUUCCUUAACGGCAAAGCUGGCAUCGCAGGCUGGCAAUGGCUCUUCAUCCUCACCGGAAUUCCUGCAGUCUUGUUCGGUAUAGUUGUAUGGAUCUGGAUGCCAGACUAUCCGCAGGAUGCCAAGUUCUUCACCGAGGAAGAGCGUGCGUUUGCAAUCGCUCGCAUGGGACCUUUUGCGCCGAACAAGGAGGAUAAAACCUUCGAUAUCAAGGCUGCAAAAGCGACUCUUCUUGACCCGCUGUUCUGGGUAUACGCAGUUAGCUAUUUCUUCAUGGUCAACAGCUUGAACGCUUUCAGUUACUUCUCACCGACCAUUGUUGCCAACCUUGGCUUCAAGGGAUACAUUGGGCAGCUUCUGACAGUUCCUCCAAAUGCUUUUGGUCUACUGAUCAUUUUGAGUAACUGCUUGCAUUCUGACUACUCAAAGGAGCGCAUUCGUCAUGCAUUGGCGGCUCUCGUCCUCGUUGGCACAGGUUAUCUGCUGCUCGCUGUGCUGACCAACUGGAUUGGCCGUUACGUUGCUGUUUUCCUGAUUGCAUGUACCAACUCUGCCGUUAUGCCCUUUCUGGCUCACCGUACCGCGACUGUUUCUGGAUCUACUGCAACAGCACUUGCUACUGGUGUCACGAUUGCCAUCUCGAACUGCGGCGGUAUUAGCGCACCCUUCUUAUUUCCAAGUACCGACGGUCCCAACUAUCCCAUGGGCAAUUGGACCGUAUUCGGUAUGCUUUGCGCAACUUUCCUCAUGACCAUUUAUUUGGGCUUCCGACUGGGCACGAGCUCUGAGUAUCGUGACUUUGCUCCGGGUGCGGCCGAGCAAUUGGCUGCAAGAUCGCACGUGGAUGAUAGCAAGCUCCCUGAUGAAGGCAGAGAUUCGCGAGAGUUCCCUGCGACUACUGCAACCCAAGAGCGCGCGUCUCACGCAGACUGA